GUCUAACGUAAGGUUUGAUGGUCGAAUCAAGAAAUACAGAAGCCCAUAACCACACGGCGAAUCGCUAGCGACCCACGUGCGAUGAGAAUAUUUGUUUUGCAUACAUGACACGGUUCGCCGUGCAACGAUUUAUAACGUGUGUCGCGUAGAUGUCACGUAAUCGCAAAAAUUCACGCGACAUUGAAUAUUCUUAUUGGUUGUGUUGCAACUGACGCGAAACGAGAUACCAGCUGUUAGACUGUCAUUUCUUUUUUCCGCUAUCGUUUGAUGGCGUAGACAGUGCCUUUGUUACAAUUUCUUGUUCCGUGUGUUAUUAAUAUUAAUAGUUUUGCGCGACGUGUUUCUGUGUUACUUUAUCUUCGAUAAAUAUUAUAUCACCUUGCAUUUGCCACGGUUUUUUUUAUUUGGACACACGUUCGAAAGAACAUUGAAUUGCGGUGUUCGAUCGUAGACGCAUUUUUGUUCGGUGAAUAAUUUCUAAUAUAAACGUAGAAGAUAUUAGCAUAGAAAAAUGGUGUCAUCAACAGUAGUGGAAAAUGAACAGUCUAACCCACCAAGGAAAUCUUGUGCAGUGGGUAUUGGCCCAGGCAAUUAUCAGUUAGUUGGCUGGGACAUGGAUAGUACUGGCAAAAGAGUUAUAGAUGAAAUAUGCCAAAUAGCUGGUUACACACCUAGUUCCUCAUAUUCUCAGUAUGUAAUGCCAUAUAAUAAUCUCAACCCGCCAGCCAUGAAAAGGCAUAAUAUGAAAGUAGUAACUAUUGGCAAAUAUAGAGCACUUAAAGAUAAUAAAACUAAUAAGGUAAUCAAGACUAAGAGUGAAGUCUUUGCACUAACAGAUUUUUUAACAUGGCUACAAUCUAUUAAAGGAGAUGCAACGGAUGGAAUAAUACUGGUUUAUCAUGAGCCACGCAAAGUUAUUCCUGCCAUGCUAAUAGAAUCCUUAAAGAAAUACAAUUUGUUGGAUGGAUUUAAACAAAUUGUAAAAGGUUUUGCGAAUGGAUUUAAUGUUGCUGAAGUGAAAUGUACAAACUCGGUUCAUUCAUUUUCUCUUAGAACAUUGUCUAAAACUUUACUUAAUCAAGAAAAACAAUUAGAUAAUGCAAAAAACAGAGCAUACCUGGCGUUACAAAUAGUACAACACUUAAGUUCACUUGAAGAUACCAAAGGAAGCGAAGUAAAUGGUAGUGGAGACAGUGACAGUGCCAUGAAGAAAACUGUAGAAUUUAUUAGGGAAUUUGUUCAACCAGUAGAAAUGGAAGAACAAGAAUAUGCAGAGUUGAAAAUAGUAUUCGAACGUCAAAAUAGUUUAAGACCUAUUUUCGGAAUGUACCGUGAGAAUCGUCGAGAACGCCAACAUGCUAGUCCUUUACGACGGUUACUCGCCGAAGCAGGAAUAGAAUAUUCUCUAUUACAAGAAGCGUGGAAUAACGAGAAUAAAGAAGGUUUGGAAAAGUUAAUUAAGAAGAAAUUAACAACGGUUGAUGAGAAGCAAAUAGAAGAGCUACUAAUUAUUCUUGAGGGCUAUUUUGAUCCCGAGAAGAAAUCUAAGUUAAGAAUAUCAGGAGAGAAGAAUGAAUUAAAAACGGAGAAUUCUCAAAUCAACGCCGAUAAGGAAAAUAAUAAUAAAUGUGAUUCUGGUGCUGAAAGUCCAGAUACUACCACCACUAAUUCACCGCUUAAAAUAAAGACCGAACCUUCGGAGAACAUUACAGUUUAAGCAAAUGAACAAGAACUGAGCGAUUUAGUUCUCUACUUCAGUGCCUUUUAACUAAUUAUAAGGUCAAUAUUGUUAUCAGUAACUAAGUUUACGAUCAUUCCGUUCAUUCUUAUCAUAAUAUUAUUCGAGUGUGAUAAAACAUGAGUGUUAUUUGUUGCAGUAUUGUAUUUAAAUUUUUAUUUUCAUUAUAACAAACUAGAUAUUGUAUCCUUGGAAGAUACAAAACUAGACUAGAAUUAGUUAACGAACAUAUGUACAAAUAACACGUUAUUAUUUUUUGUUAUUUAACGAUAAAGAAAUAUUUAAUGAUUCGUUUUUGUUUAACGAUUAAUUUUAUGAUCGUUGAUUUUUUAUUUAAUCAAAUUAACGUUGUAACAAGUGAUUGUUUAGAGACUGGUCGACAUGAAAAUAAUAUAUUCAGACGUCAAAUAAGUUUCGUUUUUCAUUAUAUUUGAGAUUAAGAAAAUGACUUAUUUUCGUUUCUUUUUUUUAUUUGCUACUAGCAAGCUUGCGUACAAAGUACAUAGUGAUAUUAAUUUAAAAACAAAUUAUAUAUAUACUUAUAUUUUUGUACCGCAAGAUUUCUUAAAACGGGUAAUGCACAUGCUGCAUUUACAUGUUAAAUUUCAUUGUAUUAAACAAUUCAAAUAAAGACUUUGAAUCGCGCCAA